AUGCCACAACGCCCAACAAGCGCACGCGAUGCUCAUCCGGGCGACAUCCUUUUGGUCAACCAUGACUUUGACGCUCGAGGCGCGGAUGAACUAACCCUCCGACGAGGCGACAAAGUUGAGCUUCUCGAGCUUGAUGAAGGGUUCGGAGAUGGUUGGUAUCUUGGUAGGCACGUAAUCGAAAAUCGAACGGGCCUGUUUCCUGGGGUUUAUACUGUGAUCGCUCCCAAGAUCGGUGUUAGGAAGCCAAAGGAUGCUACGCUCUCCGCAGAGCCGCUCUGGGAUUCUGCUACUUCUGAGGCCGGUUCUCCAUCUCUAGGCACGAGUGGCGACCCUGUCUCUCCAGUGUCGAAUGACGAGACGACACCCCAACCUUCAAGGCAUGUCAGUGCCAUCGACAUGAAACCUUUGUCUACUACAGAAGCUGAAUUAGGCAAUGGCGUAAUAACUAGCCACUCAUCAAAACAGCGUCCGGCUUCCGCGGGUUCUGUACAGCCUUCGCCAACCAUUCAGCGGACGAUUAGUGAGACACUAGGAAACAUGUCUCUCAAUGGAGAGGAAAGCCCUGUUUUGAAUGAGACAUUGAGUGUAAUUGACGAACACAUUACCAACUUCAGUACUCCACGGCAUAGCAUUGCAACCCAAGAAAAUCACAGCGUGCAUGACUCCAGCAGUGAAUACAGCAGUUAUCCCGAUCACCGCAUAUCCUACAUUCGCGGCGAGGAAACCGAUGAAGAGGAAGAACAAAUCCCGAGCGAAGCACAGGUUCGAAAGUGGGAUCAUCGACAAAUGGCCCGUCAUUUAAGAGAAAUCGGGGUUGAUCCAAAACACUGCGACAUAUUUGAAUCUCAAGAGAUUUCUGGUGACGUCCUCUUAGACAUGGAUCAGGAAUUCAUAUAUAUGAGGGAGUUUGAUUUUGGAGUCAUGGGCAGGAGACUCAAGACGUGGCAUAAAAUAAGAGCAUUCCAAGAGGAGAUCCAAGGCCCAAGGCACUUGAGGAAGUCAAGUUCUCACGCACCCGAAGGCUACGACCGAUCCCAGACCAAAUCGGUGAUGUCGGGCUCUUAUCUUCCCCGCAUCCCUAGCUUAGGUGAGAAACAUCAUCACAACCCACGAAGCUCUAGGGAUAGGACUUCCGUGAAGUAUCGUGACACAUCUUAUGGAACACAGGCCUCCGCUCCUCCAUUAUCUCAACCACAUGAUACCGAUGCCGCUACCAGACCUUCCGCAGAUUCCAUUCGCCGGAGCAAUCACCAUCGAUACUCUUCCGUAGAAAACACAUCCGUCUUCCCACUUGCAGAUUCUGGUGCAUUUUCUGCAUCUAGGAAAGCACCCGCUCCACCCCAUGAGAAGAAGCCCUCCUUUGACCGUGGCUGGACUAUGAACCGCCCUACAACCGCCAAUAGCAGCAACAACGGGCAGCGACCAAGCAGUUCCUUGGCGGCAACCAAGCAGUUUUAUAAAACUGAGAGCAACAAGACCGAUGAUUCCAGUAACGGUUUCGGUGAUUCUCCAGACCUUGACCGAGGAUAUUUCUCUGGUGGUGAUGUCGAAGUGCAAAAGCAGCGCAGGGUUCUUCGCAAGAGAGACUCCAGCAAGAGAAGUUACAGCCAUUCUAGGCAUUCCAGCCUUGCUGCAGUAAAUGAUGAUAAGAAAAAGAGGCACACUCGAUUCGGCAGUACGGGUUCCCUGAGAGACUUAACUACUAUGAAGACGCUCUACCCCAAAACGCAAUCUCAAGAUAUCACCAAGAGUGCCCUUGAGCUACUUGAAGAUGAAUCCCACUCACCGACCGUUACCAACCUAGAGACAACGCCUGAGUCGCCAACUGGGUUUUUGUCAUCCAUCGUUGGCUAUGGGAAGAAUCAUAACGAAGCCUCUGGACGUUCGUCUCCAUUACCCUCAACUUCCAGCUUGAAGGCUAUCACACCGAAGGUAAGAAGGACUAUUGGCCUUCGUGCUAUAUCCGAUGCCGUGACUGGCAGUGAAAAGACUCGUAUCAGUUCUCCCAUACCCGCAUCCAGCAGGGACUUACCACAAUCCCCCACUCGAACGGAUUCAAGUACACCAUCGGGAACUGGAACCAGUAGAAGUUUGGAAAUGGAUAGCAUGGAGAGCUCCAGACUCGAAGGUCUUUUGGUAACCAAGAACGCGAAUGGAAGCCAACGAACAAAGUCGAAAAAAGAUACAAGUGCUUAUCGACGUGGCCUGGAGAAGAAAACCCCGAAGGAACAAAUGAAGGAUGCCGACUAUUACGGUUGGAUGAAGAAGAAGUCUUCCAACCUAAUGACAACAUGGAAGCCGCGUUUGUUCAUCCUUAAGGGCCGUCGUCUUUCAUAUUACUACUCCGAGGAUGACACUGAAGAGCGUGGUCUAAUCGACAUAUCCUCUCACCGUGUCUUCCGGGCUGAUCAAGAUGCAAUCACGUCUCUACACGCCACCCUGACAAGAACCAAAGCCCUACCUACUACCUCAUCUACCAGCGACAUUCAACCUGAAGAAAUUGAGCCCGAGGAAAAGACUGGGACUUCCAGGCGUAACAGCUCAGCAGAACCGCCAUUCAUCUUCAAACUGGUUCCACCAAAGGCUGGAAUUUCCCGUGCAGUCCAGUUCACUAAACCAGCCAUCCAUUUCUUCCAAGUUGACAAUAUCCAACAAGGCCGUCUCUGGAUGGCGGCCAUAAUGAAAGCCACAAUUGAACGAGAUCUGAAUCUCCCCGUCAAGACAACUAAUAAACAAAAGACCAUCACCUUGAAGCAAGCACGCUUGCUUGCUCAUUCGUCCGCUACCCCUCCUCUUGAUUCCACGUCAAGGCCUCCAAAGCCAGAGGAAGAGAGUUCUCGUCAUACGUCCACUUCGAACAGUGCAACCCUUGCAACAACUGGUGAAACCAGCACUAUCGAUUUCCAGAAGAUUGGAGAUAUAGAUACUGGCUCUACAUCUCUCUUCCCCGAUUCGGUUUCCGUGGAUCCUUCUCAAACCGCCAGUUAA